AACACAACGGACGUUGAGGGAAGAUUGCAAGCUUUUCUUUACGGGCAAGCUCAGACAUAAAAUAAACUAUUGAGAUUUAGGCUAUUUCCAGAGGUUCAGUCCCCCUUCCCUACUUUAUGGCUUCCAGUUCUAACAUGGACAUAGAAGGAGCGACCCAGCACCUCAGGGACAUCUUAAAAUUGGAUCUUCCCUCUAAUUUGGCCGAGCCCUCUCUGGUUAAGAGCCAGAGGAAAACAUCUUUUAAUGGAGAGUUGAAUGGAGUUCUUGGAGCUGAGCUUAUUGGAGCAAGUGGACAUACAGCAUGGGGGGAGCAGCCUACACACAACUCAGACAAACUCAAUGGACAGGACACACAGACCAUUUGCCUUUCCGGAGAUGAUGCGUCCACCUGUGUCUCCAUCAGAGCAAACUAUGUGGAAAUUGUGUCCAGUCAUGAUUCCAGUAUUGACAGUAAAGCUCGUGGUAGCAACAAGGUUAAAAUUCAGCCAGUGGCCAAAUAUGACUGGGAGCACAAGUACUACUAUGGCAAUUUAAUAGCUGUGUCCAAUUCAUACUUGGCUUAUGCCAUCAGAGGCGCCAACAACCAUUCUAUGAUCCGUGUGCUGCGGCUGGGUUCCACUGAACGCUCGUUGCUGAAAGGCUUUACUGGGGCAGUCACAGACCUUGCCUUCGCCCACCUGGAUUCUACCCUGUUGGGCUGCGUGGAUGAGGCUGGAAACAUGUUCAUUUGGCAGCUCACUAUGCACAACAGCAAAAUACAAGAUGAAGUGAUAGUUCACAUCCGAAGGCCUGAGGACACUCCACUGAACUCCAACCGCAGACUGAUCUGGUGUCCCUUCAUCCCAGAGGACAACGAUGAGAACCCAGAGGACACGUGUCAGACACUAGCACUGCUUCAUGAAGACAGAGCUGAGGUUUGGGAUCUUGACAUCCUCAGAUCCAAUAACAGCUUGUGGCCUGUGGAUGCCACAGACCUGAAAGAGGGUUUCAUCACCAUCAGAGGACAUGCAGCACGCAUUAGUGAGGGAGCGCUGUCCCCUGACGGCACCGUCCUGGCCACAGCUAGUCAUGAUGGAUAUGUAAAGUUUUGGCAGAUCUACAUUGAGGGACAGAACCAACCCAGAUGCCUGCAUGAAUGGCAACCACAUAAUGGACAGCCUCUUUCCUGCCUUCUCUUUUGUGACAACCACAAGAAACAAGACCCAGACAUUCCAUUCUGGCGCUUCCUCAUCACUGGAGCUGAUCAGAAUCAGGAGCUGAAGAUGUGGUGCACAGUUUCAUGGACCUGCUUGCAAACCAUCAGAUUUUCUCCAGAUCCAUUCAACAGUGGUGUGCUACCCAGCCUUAAGGCCAGUCUGGAUCUAUCUGCAGAGCUUCUCAUUCUCAGUGAUGUGCAGAGGAAGGUGUUGUACGUAAUGGAGCUGCUACAGGAUCAGGAAAAAGGUCGUGCCAGCUUCACUGCGGUUUCAGAGUUUCUGCUUACACACCCAGUGCUUAGCUUUGGCGUGCAGGAUGUCACCCACACACGACUGCGCCACACUGAGGUUCUACCUCCGGAUGAGGAAAGUGAAAGCAUGACGACAGAAGGAAGCCAAGGACCUUCAGAGUCCAAAUCUGGAAUCCAGAUUAAACUCUACUGUGUGCACACAAAAUCACUACAGGAUGUCCAGAUCUGGUUCCAGCCUAAUCAGGAAGCAUCAUCAUCCCUCUACUUGCCCCCGUCUAAACCUCAGGAUGGCUUUGGUUUCUCUGACCCCAUGGCAGACCUGAACGUGGAGGCCAUGAGCUCUGAUAAGGAGUCUGGUGAUAGUGGAUCACAGAAUGACUUGACUAAGAUUCUGCCUCUCCCGACUCCAGCUGACUUCAUGAGUCCGGCCCCAUCAGCCAUGCCCAAACUCAUGACCCCGGACGCCUUCAUGACCCCCAGCACCUCAAUGCCCACCUCUCCUGGUAGCAGCGCCAGCAGCCUGACUAUAGUUACAGCCAUGAGCAGUUCAGAUAGCGGGGCAAGGGGUGGAGAUGAUCUGGCCCAGAGUCCCAAAAUGUCUGUGGAAUGUGGCAGCAGCUUGACUCUCAACGCCAGCGCGAGCAGCCCAAGAUCUAACUCCAUCCUCAUCUCAGGCCUCGGAGACAACAUCCAGAGCAUCUCUCCCCCACUGGUUCUUUCUCCAUCCUUUCUUCGAGAGGCAUCUCUUCUAUGCGAAGCUGCUCCUUAUUCUCACAUACUUCCCCUCCCUUAUUUCCCCUCCCCUCCACAGGUUUCUCAUCCAAACCCCCCCUCCUUGGACCUCCAGGGUAUAGAUCCCAUGGUGGUGCCCCAGGCCUCUCCGACCAGAGCUCGGUCUCCAGACGUCAUCUCUUCGGCCUCUACGGCCAUGUCCCAGGACAUCCCCGAGAUUGCCUCCGAGACCCUGCAGAGAGGUCUGGCCGGGGCUUCCGUCGACCCGCUUGACUCUAUUCCCUCCCUGCAUUCGGACAGCAUGGCCUCGGCUGCGUCCGUCCUCCACCUGCUGUCUCCGAGAGCCCGUAGCGGCGCUGACCAUGGUCCACUAGAGCGGGGCGCAGCUGCCGUGGAUGGAGAGCAAAGACUCAACAACACUCCUUCGCUGUUGGAGACCGCCCUGUCGCAGGAGAACGCAGCGGCGGCGGCUGCUGUCGCAGGAUCCUGUUUGGACAGCAUUGUGAACCACUCGUGGCCUGCCGCACCGGAUAUCACACGAGAGACUCGUAACAGCCUGAGAGACAACGGACUGGGAGACUGCUCCAGGGAGGAGAUAAAGGACAGACACAUUUCUUCGCCCUAUCACAGACACACUUAUCACCUGACACAGAACGACAGUCAAGAUGCAAGUGCAGAACAGAGCGAUCACGAUGAUGAGGUCGCCAGUCUAGCCUCAUCCUCUGGCAACUGUGGCCACCGGGCAUCUCACAGACUUCCUGUCAAGGACUGGAAGACGUCACCUCGCAGUUCGCCUAAACUUAAGAGGAAGAGCAAGAAAGAUGAGGGCGAAUCCUCGCAGUCGAGACAGAUUGACAGCCAGAUGAGCGUGGAUGUGCAGGACGAACUCUUGCAGAUGCUGAGGAGCCAGCAGAGGGAUAUUGCGGAGCUCAGACAGAACCAGCUUGAUCUGCUGCAGAGAGUCACCAGUCACAUGGAUGCUGUACAGAGCUCAAUCAUGGCUCACAUCGAGCACGCCAUGCUGGCGCAACAGGACCAAGAACAGAGAAGAAUGGAACGUCUGACCAACCGGCUGGACAAAGUUGUGCGGGAAGAAAUGAAGAAGACCAUCCCACAGACCAUUUCGAAGACUCUUGAACCCGUGACUGUUCAGUUAAACAGCACCAUUGCAGCCAAAUUAACUGCAGUCGAAGGAACAUUGAAAGAAAAUGUCACCAAAGUUGUCAAGUCCAAGAACACUACGGAUGCUCUUGGCCGUGCUGCCGCUGAGGCCAUGCAGGGCCCUAUCCAGGCAGCCUACAAAGAGACCUUCCUGAGCAUCGUCCUGCCUGUGUUUGAGAGAGGCUGUCAGUCCAUGUUUCAGCAAAUUAACGACAGCUUCAAACAGGGAACCAAUGACUACAUCCAGCAGCUGGAAACCCACAUCAAAAACAAGAAGCAACGGGAUCCUGUGAUUGGCCAGCUGCAGCAGAUGAUUGACACACUCCAAAAUUCCCAAGACCAGCUGGCCACCACUGUGACAGCCAGCGUGUGCUCUGACGUUCAGCGUCAGCUCCACAUGACCGUGGGAAAUCUGCAGGACUCCAUCUUGACUCAGGUGCAGCGCAUAGUGAAAGGAGAGGUGAGCCUGGCCAUGAAGGAACAGCAGGCAGCCGUCACCUCCAGCAUCAUGCAGGCCAUGCGCUCGGCCGCAGGAACGCCCGUACCCACUGCGCACAUGGACUACCAGGCCCAGCAGGCCAGCAUUCUCCAGUUAUUACAGCAGGGCCAACUCAAUGAGGCUUUCCAACAGGCUUUGUCAGCAGCAGACCUCAAUCUGGUGCUGUAUGUGUGCGACACCGUCGACUCUCAGCAGGUGUUUGGCCAGCAGCCCUGUCCGCUCCAUCAGGCCGUCCUCCUGUCCCUCAUCCAGCAGCUCUCCACUAACCUGGGAACACGCACAGAACUUAAAAUCAGCUAUCUGGAGGAUGCCGUGAUGAACCUGGACCAUGGGGAUCCAGUCACUAGAGACCACAUGUCUGCAGUGCUGUCCCAGGUACGACAGAAGCUCUUCCACUUCCUGCAGCAGGACCCCAACUGUCCCCUGAGCAAGCGCGCUCGGCGCCUCAUGAUGAUGCUUCAGGGUCUGGUCAAUCAAUAGAGCUCAGUGCUGACCCGACCUCUGCCGGAUGGUGCAGCUGAUCUCUACAACCCCCCAGUCACUGUUCUGCAGUCUCAUUGACUGUCAUUAUGACCUCACACCCCACACUGCUGUUUACUUGCUUUUCUGUGUUCUGCCGCUCAUUGGCUCUCUCAGAAGCGCUGUUGGGAGUUGUAGUCCAGACCUGGACUUAAAUGUGAUAUAUAUAUAUAUAUAUAUAUAUAUAUAUAUUUAUGUUGGUUUUGGACAACAUCUCCCCAUCCCGGCCCACUUUUUUUCUGACAGAUGAAUCAUCAUUUAUCCCUCAAACAUCAGGAGCAAGUAUGACGAAACUGAAUGUGAAUGCUCACAGUUCUGUUGUACAGAUGAUCUCAUCGUCUGGACUUUUCUGCUUUAUGCCCUUCUGUUUAUUGUGCUGAAAUGCCAUUGGAUGCUACAAACAGACAUUAUCAUCACCUUGUGAGCAUUUACCCCCUUGUUCUUUAUUGCUUGAUGUUAUAUAUAGGCUAUUCAUCCAGCCAAUUUACUCAAAGAAACGUAAUCGUUUGGCAAACUGGAGCAUAUUAAGUGCUCCUUAAACUUUUUUUUCAUGGUUUGAGACUGUAAUGCUGCUGGGACAUGAUACACAAGGUCAAAGUCAGAUUUUUGUUCUUGUCAUUUCAGCUUCUGGACUGUUGUUAAAUAAGCCGUUUUUCAGUCAGCUGUUAAAUAUUUUGAAGAACUUGAAAUGAGAGGAAUGCUCACAACGUAGUUAUUUAGCAUUUCUUCAAAAGAAGCGUCAGAUUGUCUGUUUGUAACUUGCAGUACAUCCACAAGUCUCCAGAGGGCAGGCAUUUAUGUAUCUUUCUAAUUUUAUAUGCUGCUGCUGCUGUGAUGCUCAGUUUGUGAAAUUACACUAAGGCGAGUGCAACAAGGCUUUCUUUUUAUAAAGAAAUAUGUUUUUCUGUCUCGGUUCCCCCAUAAUAUGAUGUGGUCUUUUUGAGUUUAGAAGAGAGCUGUAUUUCAUUGAGAGAUUAUAUUUGAUCAUGCCCUCAGAUAGCGAACGAACAAAAAAGUGCCUUAUCAGACUAUUGUGUAUCAGAUAUUGGUAAUCUGUCCCAGCCCCUUACAGAUAGGCCGCAAACACAUUGGUGUGUGCUAAAUCUUUAAAUUAAUAUUUCCUUCCACUAAAUCAUAGUAACAAAGUUAGGAAUGGACAUGUCUGUUACAGAAUAAUUUGCUAAAAGCGCUGUGAACUAAAGUGGUCUGCGUUUAUUUUUCAGCCUUAUUGUACAAGUUUCAUGGCGACAUGAAGGCCCUGUUGAUUGUGUUUGUGCGAACACAUUAUUAGUUCCUUUCUUUCUUUUUAGAGGGCUGUACAAAUAUCCAUAGCCAUUCGCAGGCUCAUUAGGACAUUUUUACAGGGUAUAGGCAAUUUGUCAGCUUUCUUUAUUCUCAAAUGUAAGAAAUGCUUUAUAACAGACAUGAUCCUGCUGUGUAAUUCUAAGGCACUAAUAAGGAUAUAUUAAACUCAGCAUGCUUGCAUGCUACUGGUGAAAGCCAUGUAUUCAAACUUAGUUAACCUUUUUUUACAAACUCAACACCCCACUGUUUGCUGAAAUUCAGACCUCAGUGCUCUGUAAACCUGCUUUAUAAUUUUUUUAUGCUAUGGUGUCCAACAAAGAUGACCCAUGAAUCAUGAUAGGUUAGGUUGUUUUAUGUUAUUUCAGGUGAAAUGUUAACAUCCUCUUGCACAUGUGAACAGCUCUAAGUAUGGGUAACGUUUUAAGGAUUUAAUUGCAGUGCAAGGUAAAUUGUUAUUGAUGCUGUUUUAGACGCGUCUGAAGUUCUUAGGGUUACUGUACUAAUACUCGCCUUUGAAUGUCUGAGGCUUACAUAUAACGCAACCUUUUUCCCUUCGAGGCGUUUGCAUUUCAGAUUGUUUGACAAUUUCAUUUUGUCAUUUUCCCAUUGUGUUUAAAUUUUUGUUCCUCGUGUUGGCAAAAUAUGUUGUAUAUUUUACAUGUUUCUUUCAUCAUAGACGUUUUGGAAUAAAAAGGAAAACAUUGUUUAAUGUUCAGUUAAGACUGUGUGUUUUGGUUUUCAACAGGCGUGCUUGUAAGUGCUCGGUUCUUGUAAGUCAAUGGUUUACCAAAUGAAGAUAUUAUAUGAUCGUUUCAUUAUACACAUUCAAAUAAGUUUAAAAGGUAACACAAUCGGUUCUCGUUCAAUAACAUUAGUUAAUACGUUGGUAUCUAACAAUGAGCAACAUAUUUUUACAGCAUUUAUUAGUCUGGUAAUGUUAGUUAAUACAAAGACAAUUGUUAAUUCUUGGGUAAACUAAUCAAAUUAAUUAACUACGGUUAAGAUUAUGUAUUCAUUCACUGUUAUGUCCUUU